GGGAAGCAUUCCAGGCCUUUUUAUUCGCUGCUACCACAAAAGCUGUCCUGCUCACUUCAUCCCACAAUAUAUAUAUAUAUAUUCUGGGAAAAGCUGUAUAUUCGUUCACCAUGGCGCAGAAGGACACCAUUAUUUUUCUCGACCUGCAAGAAGGCGCCGUGAAGAGCAUCCGCGGCGAUGGCUCUGACGUGAAAACACUCUUUGCAAAGGACUGCGUCUGCCCCGACGGCAUCACCCUCGACCUUCACGAGUACAAGAAGUCGAAGGACCCUGCCGACAUCGUUGUCUGGUGGAGCAACAUGGGCGCGGUGAAGCUCGUGGAGGACGAGAGGGACCGCGGGGACUGGCACGCCGCGGAUGGCUUCCCUGUACGCGCUGCCCUGUACGGUGGUGACGAGACAGUGCAGCGGGUGGAGGUGAAGUUUCCCCAGCGGCUGAUCUGCGACGGCGCCGCGUACAAGGCGGCCAGCGAAGGACCCCUCAUCACCACCAUGAAGCAGAUCGCCCUGUAG